UCUUUACUAUAUCCCUUUGUGCAGUGUUUAUGAUAGAGAUUGUGAUGUGAUCAGUAAAUAUUUAAGUGGGUUUAGUUGAGAUUAUUUUUCGUUCAGUGAUUUAGGGCAGUCUAUUACUUAAUAUUUACUUAUUAAUGCGUUUCAUCUAUGUAGUGUUAUGUAAUGAAUUUUGAUUAAACCAUAGAAGUUACGACAUGAAUUAGAUUACACAGCAAUGUUGGGUUUUUGGAAGUUUUUUUAUCAUAUUAUUAUGCUCAGUAAGAAAAUAAUUCAUUUUUUAUUAAUCUUGUUAAUGCGUUUCAUCUUUGAAGUAUUUACUGAAAAACAAAAAAAAAAAACAAGGUCUUUGAAGUCUUUAGUUUAAGAAUAAUGUUUAUUGUACAUAAUGGUUUACAUACAAAUAAUGAGUCAAAAUGAGAGUGGAGAAGUUUAUUUUUCCAUUUUAUUUGGUUGAAAAAAUUCUGAUUUAAUUUUAUCUCACCACGUCAUGUGUAUGUAAACCAUUAUGAACGUGUAGCACAUCCAUUAGUUUAAAUACUCUUUUCCAAUUAUGUAAAGAAUAUAUUGGAUUUUGACUGAACUAUAGAAGUUACACAGAAUUAGGAUUAUACCACAAAGUAGGGUUCUUGAAGGUUUUUGCACAUUUCAUAAUGUUCAGUUGGGAAAAAUAAUUAUUUUUAGUGAAUUUGGCCUGUCACACUCUUUUGCAUUCUAAAUUUUGUACGUUUAAAGUUAUGAUAAUUCAGUUCAAGGUUUCUGAAAAUGUGGAUAUCAGUUGCACAAGGAAAAUGCUUCCUACGGAUAUGAAGAGAAAUUUGAGAGCAGGUUUAAAAUUCAUGAUUGAAAGGCUCUCCAAGAUGAAGUAAAAUUAUUUUUGCUUAAAUUUUGUUAGACUCACAAUGCAUUAGUUUAAUGCAUUAGGGUCAGGCAAAUCACUCGGAAUUCACGUGGCAACUGAAAUAAUGUGUUUUCCAAGUAUUUGGAGUAAUUGUUUAUGUUCUUGGUUUAUUAAUCAAAUUGGAAAUAAAUGUUUAGUAACAAAUUCUUUUAUAUGUCAUGUUUAUGAAAUUCUUGGAUCAAUGUACUUGAUCAUGAAAUUGAACUCAAAGUUAGGAUAGAUAGCCUCCAACUACUAUCAAGUUGUUAUCACAUUAGACAAUAGAGAAUGAAUGAGACCACCUUUCAAGUACAUAUGGCAAUCAAACUAAUGCCUUGCCUAUUACCCUUCUUAUUUUCCUGAGAUUUGGGGAUGCAUGUAUUGUUAACGUUGUAAUUGGCAAAAAUUUCCAUGUGCAUACUGAAUAGUUUUAUUGUAUAUCAUUUAACCAACAAGUACGUAUUACCAAUUUGUCAUACGUUCAAAUCCUACUUGAGAGAGAUUAUGUAAUAUUAAAAUCUUGCCUCAGGCGAGUCCAAAAUUAUGCAUUUAUCACGUGAUUUCUAAAUUUAGAAGGUCUACUAUGUUUUCUCUUCACUUAAUUUAUCCUCUAGUGAUUGGUGCGAGUCUACUUUUUGACACACAACUUAUUUGCACUCUUAUUUAUUUAAGAUAACUAAGUGUCUAUCUUAACAUUAAAAUCAAAUAAUUGAAGUGUUUGAUGUUUUAAUCUAAUACGAAAUUAACUAUUAUCCUCAUCCUUUCUGUUGAAUUCAUACUGUUUAGAGCUUGCAUUCUUCAUUUUGAUACAUUCUGGAUUGACCACUUUAUUGUUACUUUCAAACUCUGUUAAUCAUAUGGUUUGCCCUCGUGCCAUGUACUUUUUGAUUGAUGUAAGGUAGUGGUUUGCACUAAGAUAGUGAGUUCAAUAAGGCUUGAUGAUUAAACAAAUAUGUUAAGAUGACAAAUGAUGAUUAACAACACAUGUAAGUGAUUUAAUCUCCUUUUUACUUUUGUGAUCAACAAGAUAAAAUGUUCUAGGUUUUGAGAUAUCAUGCGACCUAAUAAACUAUUCUAACGAAGGAAGACUUUCCGUUGACAUUUGCUAGUUAUCAUGAACCACGUUCUUCAUUUGUUCGAUAAGAAUUUGACAUGGAUGGAGCAAAUAUUAUUCGUAAAAUUUAUAAGUUUUAUCAUGACAAGAAAGUAUAUAAGAUACCAAAUUAAAGUAUAUAAGAUACCAAAUUAAAGUCAUUCCAUACUUUUACUAUCAUUUUGGCCUUUUUUGCAUAAUCAUGCCUUUCGAAUCUUGUUGAGAAAAAUAUAUCUAAUGUCCAGAUAGUAUAAUCAGUUACAAAUGGCAUACACUUCUUCAUGCUACUGGUGCAUGGAGUCCUUGAAAUGUGUUCCCUACUAUGAUGCACUAUUGUUGUCGGCUGUAUGGAUGAAGUGGAGCAAACCAACUAUGAUGCUCGAACUCGAGUACGGGCUUCAGCAGUACAGGGUAGUAGAGAUGAAACUUCUUGCUCAGCAGAGGGACCUUCAGGCAAAGAUUCCUGACAUUGAGAAGUGCCUAGACGUGGUUGCAACUUUGCAAGCUAAGAAGGGUACUGGUGAGGCACUUACUGCCGAUUUUGAAGUGUCAGAAGGCAUAUAUUCCAGGGCUCACGUUGAAGAUACUGAUUCUGUGUGCCUAUGGCUUGGAGCAAAUGUUAUGCUGGAAUAUUCACGUGAAGAGGCAAUGGCCCUCCUUCAAAAAAAUUUAGAAAAUGCCAAAGCAAGUUUAGAAGUUCUUGUCGCCGAUCUACAAUUUUUGAGGGAUCAAGUGACAAUUACUCAGGUUACCAUUGCUCGUGUAUACAAUUGGGACGUACAUCAACGAAGACUCCAGCAAGCUGCCACUACUACCUCAGAAUCUUGAGAAACCAUUUACUUUUCUCUACACAGCUGGUGGGGCUCAGUUCCCAGUCGAGUAUAGCCUAAUCUCUUUCAUCUCAUUUUGCUAUUUCCUUAAUUUAGAAAGAUAAUUAUUGCUCUUUUUCUCUUCUUGUCUGAGCUUCUGGUGCUGAAUUUUGGUUUUUUUUUUUUUUU